CUUCCACUGAACUGAAUCGAAUAUUGAUCCCGAGUUCUCAACGCGCUGACACUCUUCUUCUGUUCACGUUAUGAGAGCACGUUAACCAUUCUAUCUGUCUUCUGAUUCUGUUUAUGUUUUUCCAGUAGCUGGCUCGCUGCGUUGUCGCUCUCAAACUCACUACUGUACGCUACGGCGGAAUACUCGGAAUGUGACACUUUGCCGCCAGCCAUCCCCAGCCGUCCGCCGCCAUAUGAUCCGAGCAGAUCUACCGAGACGUUCCGGCAGUGUCAAUGAGUGAGUGGAGGGGAAAGCUUCAAGACACAGCGUUUACACAUCGCAGCCCACGUGUGGCGACUUUCCCCAAUCAUCACAACAACAGGACAGGCACGAUGCAUGUAUGCCAAGACGAAGAUGCACGGAAGAAGCUGGAUUUUCAAACCAGAAGGAAAUUAAACAUAUUAACUUCGGGGUCGGUGCAGCUAUUAUCAAGAAAAGGAAUUCUGAGAAGAGGGGAAAGGAAGGCUAGAACCUUUAUGGUAGGUAGGUAGGUGCUGAGCUAUAGAUCGUCACGAGCUAUCAUGGGUAAGACAAGAAGCCUCUCUCAUAGUAUAUAUUUUCUAUAAAGAGCUGCUGAUAGCCCUUCUCACUUCCCUCUUCUCGUUCUCCAUCCACUCCUCUCCCUUCAACCUUCCAGAAGCGCCUCACCCCCCACAAACCUUCAUCAUGCUUUUCAUCUCAGCCAUCACCCUCGCUCUCAUCCCCCUCACCCUCGCGGUCCCCGCUCCCCUCGCCGCCCGCGCUCCCCCAAACAUCCCCACCACCGCCGCCGCCAAGACCGCCCUCGCCGGCCUCACCGUCGCCGCUCAGGGCCCCCAAACCGGCUACUCCCGCGACCUCUUCCCCCACUGGAUCACCAUCUCCGGCACCUGCAACACCCGCGAGACUGUCCUCAAGCGUGAUGGCACCGGUGUCGUGACCGACAGUGCUUGUGCCUCCACCAGCGGCAAGUGGCUCAGCCCUUACGAUGGUGCCACCUGGACCGCUGCUAGCGACGUUGACAUCGACCACUUGGUGCCCCUGAGCAACGCGUGGAAGUCGGGCGCUGCUUCGUGGACUACCCCCCAGAGACAGGGUUUCGCCAACGAUCUCGUCAACCCCCAGCUGUUGGCUGUUACCGAUAACGUCAACCAGGCCAAGGGUGACAAGGGACCUGAGGACUGGAAGCCAUCUUUGACCUCUUACCACUGCACCUACGCCAAGAUGUGGGUCAAGGUCAAGAGCGUCUACGAUCUUACCAUUACCACCGCUGAGAAGGCUGCGUUGACCACUAUGUUGGCCACGUGCUAGAGGGUUAACUUGUGUAACUUGUGGAUGUAUGGAGGGGUUGGGAAGAUGAGGAUGGAAGAGGAUUGCAAACGGGUUUGUUGGGCUGAAAUAUGGGUCUCGUGAGAAAAUACGCGAUUUGUGAUAUUGGUG